CUCCACGCAAGCACGUCUACCUGGUGUUGGUGGCCUGAAGAUCGCUCAUAGCAUCGACCAUUCAUCCUCGAGGCCAUAUAAAUUGACUGUAUUAUGACAGUAACCUACUAACGCCAGGUCCAGCCUCCCGAUUCACGCGCACAACAACGUAGCUUUCACACUCAACAUGACCAUCACCGAGAUCGCCCUUCUGCAUCUUUCGCCAUAUGUCACGAUCGAUGACGCAGACCUCCGCUCGAAGCUCGCGCAUGCAAAGACCGUCAUGCAGAACUACACCGGUCGGACUUUCUACUACCUCCAGCAGGUCGAGGACCCCACGUACAUAUACAUACUUGGAGAGUGGGAAUCCUUGGAUCGGCACAUGAACGACUUCAUUCCAAGUACGGACAACCUGGCGCUGCUCGAGAGCCUCAAGAAUCUGCUGAGCGUGGAUUGGCUGCUGCAUAUCAAUGUGCCACACGCAGACCUACCGCUACCGGAAGCAGGUACGAGCAAGCAGAAGGCUUCAGUCUAUAGCAUCGUCAGGCACUUUGUCAAGGACGGCCAUCGGGAGCUGUUUCAGUGGAGGUUUGAUACAGAGAAGCAUCAUCUGCAGGACUUUGUGUCCGAGGGGAAGAUUGGCGGAGGUUGGCGUAUUGACAAGGAAGGUGGUAAGGAAGGUGGUAAGGAAGGUGACAAGGACGAGUGGGUAUUGUUGACGCCGUGGACGAGCGUCGAGCAGCACCAUGCAUUUGCUGAGACAGAUGGCUUCGCGAAGUACGGCAAUAUACGUGAGCACAUCGAAGGCGCGGAGAUCAAGCACGCUCGCAUCCUGGACAUCUAGCUUGCGCAAAGAGUUCCAGGUUUCUUACUACUUCACAACCCUUGGCCGGAAUUGAUGUAGUCAGGUGUAGAGCGGUAGGCAUGGCAACUGGAUAGGCAGGUACACCCGAAGGAUCAUGCACCUCAUGAACAAGGUUUCCCCAGAUUGCCUCCCUGCAGCAGAGGAGUGUGUUUUGUAGGCUCAAAAUGGGAGACACUGCUGA